AUGCGUUCAUGGUUAGCGUUGACCAUGACGGUCGGAACGGCCUUGGCAUUUAUCGACGAAAUCGACAAGGAAUGUAUGGACAAAAGCCCAUAUUGCAAUACUAAUGACUGUACAGUCCGGCCCGGCUAUGCGUUAGAGUACUGUAGGAAGACGUGCGGAGACUGCGAACCCUUCUGUCAUAACUCACAUUUCGUUUCCUGUAAGGAUUCAAGAAAACCCGAGUGUGAUUCGAUGCUGAAAGAUUACUGUCCUCUCCUUUGUGGAGCAUGCCGUCCCAUCAAGAAGAAAUCCGAGAAGAAAAACGGUACAAAGUCGACUUCCAGAACUCCACUGACUGCCGUUCAGUUUUCAAAACCAAAAGAAGUUUUACCGAAUACCAUACCUGCUGGACACGGAACUACUAUCGAUGCAUCUGACAAGCCACUGAAUCCUUCACUUGUCGAAAGAAACACUGUACAGGAAGAGCAUGCUGCUUCCUCACUAGUCCAUAGAUCUCCACCGAUACUCAAGCAGUUGACUCUGAAUGAUCAGAAAUCAAGAGAAACGGGAGGGGAACCCUCCGCAAAUGGGUACAUUGGCGAGCCCAUCCCCAGUCCUUAUUCCGACCCUGUGACAGCAAUGAAACUCAAUGGCUCCAGUUCCACAUUCUUCACAUACCCAAUAGUCAUCCCUCCUUUAUCUGACUCAGCUCUCAAAGCCGGUCAUUCUCCUUGGCUACAACCUUCUCUUGGAUUUCAACAUCUGAUGCCCAGUUUCCCGCCUCCACCAUAUUCUUAUUUUACUCCUACUCCACAUCAGCCGUAUGGUCCGCGGACAAACCCACAGUCAGCAGUGGUCUACUCAUUUCCUGCGAAAUUUCCGCCUAACGUUUUCUACGACUCUACUGGAAGCGCUCCAAGAGGAAAAAUUGAUGAGCAACCUUUAGCNCUAUCAAGCCUAAUCACACUUUUAGGAUGUCGAGAUAAGGAUCCGGCUAUUUGUUCACAGCUCACCGCCGAAUCAUGCUUAUCGAGACCAGGAUUCUAUAUGAAAAUGUGUCCUAUCAAAUGCAAAAAUUGCAACGGUCUACAAUGUUUGGAUUCCGUUAAAAUUGAUUGUGAUGAAGUUCGUCGACUUGGUGGAUGCAAGCUUCCAAUGGCUGUUGAGUACUGUCCCCGAACUUGCAGACUUUGUGCUACACCGCCAGCACUUGCAGGUAAGUUAAGCUCCUAA